UAAAAAACAAGGAGCCUUUGACCCACAGAGAGAGAGAAAGUGACUCUGAAUAUGCUGCCUCACCUCCCAUGCUGGGAUUGUACCUCCCCGGGGUCGUGUUGAACUGGAUUUACUGUCUGAUAAACUGGAUUUUUUAAUCUGCUGCAGGAGCCUGGCAGCCAGAGAAGAAGAAGAAGAAGAAGAAGAAGAAGAAGCCAGGGUGUGUCUUGCGCGGACAUAAAAACAAACACACAUAUCUUUUAUGGUGGUGUGAAGGUGACUUGGUUCGUUUCUUCCGAGUGAAAGGACGGACAGAGAAAGUAGGCAGCACCAUGCAGGGGAACGGAGGAGUGUACGCAGUGAAGAGGAGGAGGAAGCCCGUCCAGAAAAAUGUGAAAACUCCACCGGUGAAGACCAAUCCGUCCAAACGCCACCGGGACCGUCUGAAUAUAGAGCUGGACCGACUGACCGGCAUGCUGCCUUUCUCCGAGGAGGUCAGAGGUCGCCUGGAUAAGCUGUCGGUGCUCCGGCUCAGUGUGGGAUACCUCAAGCUUCAGAGCUACUUUCACGCGGUGCUCCGGAAAAAUGUGAGGUCAGCUCCUCUCGUGCCUGCAAACGGCAGAAAUGGACAGACUGUAUCCCUGGAUGGAGUCGGUUUCUCAGAGGGAGAACUUCUGCUUCAGGCUCUGAACGGUUUCGUGCUGGUUGUGACGACUGAUGGCACGAUCUUCUACUCGUCGUCGACCAUCCAGGACUUCUUGGGCUUCCAUCAGUCGGAUGUCUUCCAUCAGAGUGUGUUUGAUCUCGUUCACGUGGAUGACAGAGAGACGUUCAAGUGUCAGCUCCACUUCGCCCUCAACCCCAGCAAAGCCGACGCAGACAUGAGAGCAGAGGGCGGACAGUCCAGCUCUCAGAACUUCUUGCCUCAGUACCUCCCUCCAGAGAACUCCUCUUUCCUGGAGAGAAGCUUCUGCUGCCGCGUUCGCUGCCUCCUGGACAACACCUCUGGAUUCCUGGCUCUAAACUUCAGUGGGCGUCUCAAGUACCUGCACUUCCAGGGAAAUGUCGGGCCCGAUGGGACUGUGGUGCAUCCUCAGCUCGCUCUGUUCGCCAUCGCCACACCUCUGCAGUCUCCCUCGGUCAUGGAGAUCCGCACCAAGACCUUCAUCUUCCAGACCAAACACAAAAUGGACUUUGCUCCUAUGAGCAUUGACACACGGGGGAAGCUGGUGUUGGGUUAUACGGAGGUAGAGUUGGUCACACCACGCUCUGGGUAUCAGUUCAUCCAUGCUGCUGACAUGAUGUACUGUGCUGACAACCACCUCAGGAUGAUGAAAACCGGAGACAGUGGCUUCACGAUCUUCAGGCUGCUGACUAAAACAGGACAGUGGCUGUGGGUUCAGGCCCAGGCUCGGGUAGUGUUCAAGAAAGGGAGACCAGACUUUAUCAUCGCUCGGCAGAAAGCCCUCACAAAUGAAGAAGGAGAGGAACAGAUGCGCCAGAGAAGACAGCAGCUCCCGUUCAACCUCGCCACCGGUGAAGGUGUCCUGUACGACGCUCCUCUGGACCCCCUCUCCAUCGCUAGUUCUCCUGACACCGGCACCUCCGAGCCCACAGCGGAGAAACCUCUGGACCCAGCCUCGAUCCUGGGAUCCCUUCACCGGCAGGACCCCUCUGUUUACACGCAGUCAGAGAAUCCCAGUCCUCAGCUCCCAUUCUUCUCCCAAACAGAGGACACUGAUUGUGAACAGCCCCAGCCGUCCCUGGAACAAGCCUUUCUGGACAGCCACGCUCUGCUCAGUGUGCCGGGUCAGAGCCAGACUUUGCAGAAGAGGUCCAGCACAGCAGACCUCGCAUCAGAGGCCAUGAUUGAAUCUUUGGAGCAGAUUUUGGGAGAUAUCGGGGACGGAGGGAUCGAGGGCCUUGAGGUGGAGGAGAGCGAGCUGAGGGAGUGGGAGAAAACCCUCAUCAGGAUGAAUAAAGAGAGGGAAGAUACAUCGAAUGAUCUGAAUCACAUCCUGGCUAAUGAUGUGUUCUCCUAUGUGGAGGAGGCUCUAAGGAGAGAGACUGGUGGACCUGCUGUCCAGGCUUCAGGUCAGACUGGGUGUCCUGUUUCUGGCAUGAUCAGCAGUUUAUCCAUUCAAGGUGAGCAUCCUGCGUUGUCAAAUAAUGAGCCACAGUGGCAGCCAGUGACGGACAUGGAAUCUUAUCAGAGUGGGUUUGCAGGAGAAGCUCGGUUGGGAAAUAUUCCUGGUGGUGUUGGUAGUUCGAACAGACUGAAAAGUGCUUCACAAGCUGCUGUUCAGGGAACGACAAGCCCACUAACACCCACUCAGUGUCGAAUCACUCAGCAGGGACACUCCUCUUGUCUGUGGCCUCCAAUCAGCAGCAAUCACCACUGUGGCAAUGAGAUGAUGUCAACACAGACACAUCUGUCAUGGCUUCCAUCCACACAAAACACUAACACUAUUCACAGCCGACUUCAAUCUGGCUUGGAGGCGAUGGACCAAAGUGAGCACUAUUCUCUAAACCACUCGGGUUCACAGCAGACCUCCGUGGAGCUGCAGCCUCAGGACCCCGCCGAGUGGCAACAACAACGGCAGCUGUCGCACAGUUUUCACCAUCGCACACUUUCACAUUCUUCACACACACCAGGCAGUGUGAACUCAACAGCUCACCCACGAACACAGCGAUUAUCCGGCAGCUGCAUGUAUGAAAAAAGAGAAGGUCACAUACCGAGCGCUGAGACUGUACUCAGCAGACCGACCGGGCCCCUCCUGGGACCCGCGUGCGCCAGAGGAGCCACACAUGUUGCAGGGACCACCACAAACUGUGCGGCCUUCACCCUGUCCCACCUCGGCAUCAACCACGGGAUGAUGACCAGUCCCAGCACAGAUGUGGGCAACAUCAGCAUGGGUCACCUGAGUGGACAUGACGCACACGUAGGGACGCAUCGACCGGAGCAUCGUGUUGAAAACGGAUCAUUACAGUCGUCAUUCUUCUGUUGGAACAGUGAAGCUCAGAUUCCCAAUGGUUCCCUGAACGGCGUUGUCGACCAGUUUGCCUUCCCCGUCAUUCCUGAUGGGACCAUCAACCUUUCCCAGAACACGGGGCUAUAGAGACAUCAGUGACUGAGAGAGAACUUCUGAGAUCAUUCCUUCACUGAGAGGAAGAGAUGAUUGCUGGGUCUGCUGUGGCUCACCAAUGAAUAUGGACCUUCUCAUUUCAAUCUAAGAAAACCUCUGCUGCACAACGGUCUUGUUCUCAUCAUGUAAGUGUCCCAUCGAAUAUUGACCUGAACAAUAAUUAGCUGUUUUACAUAAAUUUGGUAUGUAGCAGAAGUGUCCUGUCAGCAGAGAUGAAGCACGAACCAAUGUUUUUUUGAAUAAGUUAGUCUAUCAGAAGCAGAUCUGUCAUUGAGGUGCUGUGUCACCGUGUCAAACCCGGGGCACAACGAAAGGUGCCCCUGCAAAAUAGUGUCAGGCUGCAGGACUUGUUUUGGUGGAACAUGUGCAGGUGGGAAAGGCAGAACUGUACUUGAUUGGUUGAACUGAAUCUUCCAUCAAAACGAUACAGGCUGGAAGUGAGAGGGGCGGAAAAUGCCACCUGUUAAACUGAUGAGUCAAAAAAAGACUUUGGAGGAUGGAGGAUGAAAUCAUCUCAUCUCCAUCAUUUAUAAUUUCUUGUAUUUAGUCUGCCUGAAGAAAUGGAUCGUGCGCAAAUUACAAAUCAACAGAUGGUAUAAGAAAACUGAAACCGUUCUAACAGAGUCGUACAAAGAUGACCAUGAAAGGAAAAACUACAGCUCCCAUGAAAAUGAACUACAGAUGUGACAGAACUCACAGUAAACGCUACAUUUAUGAAUAACACCAGUUACUCACAAAGUGCAGCGCUGUGGCUCCAGAGUCCUGAGCACUUCUGCUGAAUUGUGAAAGUUUGCCUUUUAUAACAAGCCACUAAAACAGAAUAAAUAUGUAAUAAAGAAUUAUAUAAGCUAUGGUCCUUAUCAAAACAAAGUGUCUGAAGUCCUGGUUGCACUUUGGCGCUCUAGAAACCAGAGGAGAUUAAAAUCUAGUUCUUUGCUGCACUUUGCCUUCGGCACUUUGUCUCAUGGAACACAUGCAGUACUUAGUCCAGCUCUAUAUUGUGCUCAAGCUUUAGUUUUGUCCACCAGUUAUAAGAUGCUUUGGCCAAAUGAGUAAAAUGUUAUGUAAAUUAAAUCAUGAAUCCCCUUAUGUGGCUUUAAAAGCCAAGAAAAUGUUAUUUGCAUUAAUGUUGUGUGUUGUUUUUGCCCUCCAAAGAGAUAAUUUGGACUUUACUCAGCCAUGAAAUGAAAGAGUGCAAUGUAGAAAAACAAUCUUUACCAAAAGAUGACGCAGGUUUGUUGGGAACAACUGUAAUCGCUGAGAGUUACAGUUUUAUGUAGACUCGUAUUAUCUGGCAAUUAAAAAAAAAACGAUUAUUUAGUUUUGUAUGUAACACACAAAACACACACGAUGCUGUGUGAAAAUAUUGUGGAAGUCAUUUCACAAGAUAAUUUCUUGUCACUUCCCUGAAUCCUGUUGUUAAGGUUUUAAUAAGACCACCCACUGAGCAAUAACAGGUUUACGACACUAUAACCUAGUUGUAAGCAGGUGUAAGGACAUUUAGAAGUGUUUAUGAACUAAGGCAUUUGUCAGCAUCAAUAAUAAUCCAAUGUUUAAAGAGAUGUAGACAUUAAUAAUACUAUUAAACAGAUACUUUGUUUUUGAUAAGAAAGUGAAAAUAGCUAUAAUCAUAUUAGAUGAUAUAUAUGACUCCACAGAUGAGCACAUUUUUCAGUGCUUUUUUAUUGGUCGACUGAUUCUGGAUUUUUGAGGCAACUCCUGAAAACAAUAUUAGAGAUUUUUUAACAAACCUGAUAAGAACCUGAUAUAUUUAUUCAGUAUCCAGUCACAGCUGCGUCACAGGCGGAGUUAUAAAAGCUGUAAAAAUGUCUUAGCUACAUAAAAAGAUGUAUUAUAGUGUAUUAUAAACAUGUACAAAAUAUUGGGGACGUCAAAAUAAAGUGUUAUCUUAGAAAAACACUUUAUUUAACCCGCAGUGUAGUCUUCAUAAGCAGCCUAUAUGCACCAGAUUAUACACUAUACACUCAAAAAUACAUUCAAAUAUUUUUGUUGUAAUUAUUGAUAGAAUUAUAAAUAUAUAAUUAAUUUAAACAUAUUAACAGGCAUGCCAGCUUGUUGAGCUGCAUAGUUCAUUCUCAACCUUUAACCAAGAAAAUGGAAUAAAAAAAAUAAAAAAGCAGAACUCAAAGUCCACUUGAGCUUUCAGUCGGAUCUCAACGCUUUCAACAGGAGAUGGAGUUUGCUCAGUUAUCAAAGAGCGUAAGGAAAAGUAUUUUUAAAUAAAUGAAUGAAACAGUUAAUAAAUAUUGAUAGAAAAUAUGAGGACAUAUUUUAUAAUAUACAAAUACCACUGUGUUAUACCAUAUUUUAACCAGUUACAGAUGCUUCACACAAAUACAAAUGAAGCAGCUACAUUGUUUUGUCUUAUAAAGCAUUUAUUCUUUUUUUUUUUUACAAAUGCCAGAUACUGAAAGAAAGAAGUGAUUGUCCCAGACAGCCUGUUAGACUUUAUACUUUAUGUUGGAUUCUUGGCACUUUUCUAAUGUUUUCAUCUGGCAUUUUUAUUUUGGAGACAUGGGAGAGAGACGGCAGAUCGAGUGCAAACUGUGAACAGAUUUAAAUUAGGCAGCGUGACUCAGAACUGUAAAAAGCUAUUGUAUAAUUUCACCUAAAAAAUCCUGUAUCAGCUGUAUCAACAUGGAAAUGUGGUUUUGUUUUGUCAAGUCAUAUUGAUAAAGUAAAUAUGCACCUGAAUACAUUUUGUUGUACUUGUAGAAGAUUAUUAUUGCCAUAUUAUUCUGUGUCUGGAUAAUAAACGGUAAUGUAACACUCUGUAUUCUUUGUGUGCAAAAUAUAACCACUGGGGACAAGUGUAAUUUAUUUUUGCCAUUAAAGAAUUGUAACCCCUC